AUGAUUGCAGCUUCCGAACCAUCCGGCCGAUUUUAUGCGCAUCUGCUUAAACCCGAAUUAAAUGAGCUGCUCAAGUCGGCCACUUUUGCCGAAGUGCUUUCUGACAAACUACACCAAACGGAUGCUUCCAACGAGGAACUGCUGCACUUGGGCAUUGGUAGCUUAGUUGCAUUUUUACAGUACAAUUUCCUCGGUCCACGUGAAAAACAAAAUCUCCACGAAUCGGUUCAGCAAACCUCCAACAGCCGGGCGAAACUUAAAUCGGACGGAGAGGAACUGAAUGUAAAUGUAGUACGUGCCGAUUGCUUAUUGGUUUGCAAGCGAAUAUUCGAACACCUGCUUCAUCACGAUACAGAAGGAAACAAUUCCAUCCCAACCGGGUAUUGCGUGCGGCUUUGGUAUCAACGGUAUUUGCUCAUUCAUCAGCGCUGCAUUGAUGAUCUUACGCAUGAUCUGUACGAACGAUUCAAUGCAAACGUGGCAGUGCUCGAGACAGCUCUUUCCACUGCUGAGCAGGCGAUCAAAAUUGAAAUUUACACGGAAAUUAUGUUCGGAUUCAUCCAGUUCAAGCGCAUUACCAAAUUAGAACAAUGGCUGCAGAAGCUUGAAACGCUUUCGAACGUAAAGCUAACGGUGGAGGGUGCCUUAGGACUACGCACAAAGUUUCAGCAGACACCACUGCCGCAGCUGACACUAAGGCUGCAAGGUGUCAGCGAAUUGGGAUUGCCCGAUGCCACCGAAACACACAGUCACAUGAAAUUGCCCCCCAUCCUGAAUCUGGGCGAUGAGGUGCGUUUGGAGAAAGUUAAGUUUUUGAAUGACCACGAGAACGAAGAUCUGCAGCUGCCUGCCUUGGUGCAGAACAUAGUGCUUGGCAAGUUAUACUUCCUGUACGUUUCGCAGCCAAAAGAACAAUUAACCCUGGAAGAGAUACAACCCUACAUUACUACGCUCGUUUAUCAACGUUGCGGACCUUGGGCAACACGUGUGGCUACACUCUUCAUGAACGCCUCCAUUGAAGCCACUCACAAGCGUACGGUCGAUCGGUCUUUGCGUCAAAUUGAGGAACUGAUACAACAAUUCGAACCUUCCUAUAGCGAAACAGCGAUCCCAAUCGCCGAUCGUCUACCGUUGGUAUUUAGCUCUUGGCCCAUCUCUUACUGGCAGAUGAAGGAAAAGCUAGCCGACGUGAUGGUUAGUCUCGGCAUGAUGAAGGGCGCACUCGCGAUCUAUCAAGAGGUGCAGAGCUGGGAAAAUGUGAUCGAAUGUCACACGAUACUCGAGAUGCGUCAUCUUGCCGCGAUGGUGAUAAAAGAGUUGAUGGAACGGAAUGGGCCCACGGUGCGAUUGUACUGUAUGCUGGGAGAUGCAACGGAUGAUGUCGAAUGUUAUCGACAGGCUUGGGAGCUAUCCAAUGAGACAAGCGCCAGUGCCCAACGGCACUGGGGCAAUUACUACUUUGUGCGCAAAGAUUAUUCUUCGGCGAUUGAGCAUCUUCGUCGUUCAAUUGAGAUCAACUGUCUGCAGGAACCGACACUGCUUCGGCUGGGGUAUGCCGCACUUCAACUUGAGCGUUGGGAGGAAGCCGCCUACGCCUAUCGGCUUUAUACGUCCUUCGAGAACCAUGGUUUUGAGCCGUGGAACAAUCUCGCCAAGGCGUACAUCAUGCUGGGAGAAAAACCUCGCGCGCAUAAAGUACUCCAGGAAGCGCUCAAGUGUAACUUUAGCAAUUGGAAAGUUUGGGAAAACUAUCUGCUCGUCUGUGUCGAUACGCGGAAUUUCAGCGAUGCGUUAAACGCGUACGAACGGUUGCUAGACCUGAAGGAUCGCUACUACGACAAGGAAGUGUUGGAACUUAUUGUACGAGCGAUCUUGCUGGGUACGCCGGAUGCCGACGGAACACCUUGCAGUCGGUUGAAGGCGAAAGCACUUAAUUUGCUUGCUCACGCCUGUGCCCAACAGCCCAACAAUGGCUAUUUGUACGAGCUGGCCGCCGAGUUGGAAGACGUGGAUCUGUUGAAGCGUUGUCACAAGCUACAAAAUGCUUACCGAGCGUACACGCAAUCUAACAGCCAGUGGUCGAAAGGACCGGAAAGCUGCGCCACCGUGGUAAACCUCUGUGUAGACCUUUGCGAGCGUAGUUUGAGGGCGUUCGUAGAAGGUAAAAGUGAUGGAACCCGUUUGGUGCCAUUGCGGGCACAACUUGGCUCAGCCCGGCUAACUGGACAGGCAUGUCUGCGUUCGGCUAACAGUGCAGAAUGGCCGGUGUGUGCUGAACCGCUGCAAACGCUCCAGGAUUUGGUCGACAAGCUAACGACCGAAUUGAAGCAAGCAAUGGAUUCAUAA